AUGGCCAGUCAAAGCAGCUUGGGACCAGUAAAGUCCAAACCAUGGCAAGCAUGCUUCCUUUUGAUACGUUUGUUUUGGUGGGACAGUGACUGGAGAUGCCGUGCAGAAGCUUAUGCCCGUUUAGCUGCAGUCAUCCUCGUGCAGCUCUUCCGUGGCAAAGCUCGAAUUUGGCAAUCGCAAAUGAAGCGCAAAGAAUUGCAGCGCCUUCUCUCCGGGUCACUGGCCAGAAAAGAAAUUGCAAAGACUGUGCUCAGGUAUGCAGCAGUGGUGGUUGCGCUCAGUCCAGUUAGCAGGCUCUACUACCGAUUUUUCCGUGGCCUACGUUUACAAUGGGAGCAGCAUCUCACAAGUAGCUUCCUAGGCAAAUUUCUGGAGGCGCAAUGCUUCGGGCACAGGGCAGGCUUACUCGAAAGCAACGAAGCUGCAGACAACAGGCAUCCAGACCAACGAAUUGCAGCUGAUGUUGGAAAAUUCACCACACUGGCGACAAUGCUUUGGCUGGACGGCUUUCAGGCUGUUGUGGAUUUGUAUUUCUACUCGAGCCUCCUUAGGACUUUGUCGCCUAGGCUCUCCAAACUUGCCGUCUUGGCUGCCUUUGGUGGUACAUUGAUUACAAGUUGGCUUGGGCGAGAUUUGCCGACAUUGUAUUCUGCGGAGCGGGCAUCUGAUGGUAUGUUCACAUACCUUCUCACUCGCAUGCGAGAGAAUGCAGAGUCAAUCCUUUUCUACGGUGGACAGAAGCAGGAGGUCCAAAAUGCCGAGAAGUCCUUGGCAUUGAGAAGUAAGACGGAGUGGAAUCGUCUAGCUGCCAAGGAUGUUGUACAACUCGUUCAAGAUCAAUACCGACAGGUCCUUAGCUUGGGGCCUGCUUUGGUUAUGGUACAAGCUGGUGGGGUCACUCCUGAUCCAGCCUUAUUGAAUCAAGGGACCGAAGCUUUUGAUUCAGUUGUUCGUGCGUUGCUGCUGUUUGCUGACAAUUGUUCAGAUUUUUCCCGACUGACAGCGGUCGCACAAGAGCUGUUUGAGUAUCACCAAGAGCAAAGCGAACAUGAGAAAGCUGAAACCCAAAUAAAGAUUCAGGCUGUGGAUGAGCAUGACAGCUCCUGGCUGGAAGUGAAAGAACUGACGCUCGCAUUCGCAGAUCGUAUUCUCCUGAAAGAUUUAUCCUUUGAAGCUCCAAUGCGCGGCGGCUUUCUGAUUUCCGGUCCAAGUGGUAGUGGAAAGACCACACUGUUGCGCGCACUAGCCGGACUUUGGCACAAAGGUGUUGGAGAAAUCAAACGUGAAAUGAAGCAGGGUGCAGUGCUUUUUCUACCCCAGCGGCCUUACAUGAGUCUUGGCACUUUACGUGAGCAGUUGCUCUAUCCGAACUCAAACAUUGACGCCGAUGACACGCACCUACAUGAGAUUCUCAUCACCGUAGGCCUUCAAGAUGUUUUAAAACGUAUCAAUAGUGAGCUUGAUGUGGUUCAGCGGUGGGACGAACAGCUCAGUCUUGGAGAGCAGCAGCGCCUAAGUGUGGCGCGGCUGUUGGUUCAAAGGCCAGUAUUCGCUCUGGUCGAUGAGGUCACCUCUGCGAAUGAUCCCGCUCACGAAGAGAUCGUGUACAAAUGCAUCGCUUCGACCUGCAAAGCUUUUAUUUCCGUUGGUCAUCGAAAGAGUUUGGAAGCUUACCAUUCCAUGCUGGAACAGCUUGAAUCUUUCAGCGCUGCGGCCCCUGUGGCCCCCGCAGCGGCGCCCCUGCCAAAACGAGUUUCCGACUCAAAGCAAACAGUGGCACCUGGUGUCGAAGGCACUCGCUUCAACUUUAGUCACUUGAAAAGGCCAGAGCCGGAGGAUUCAGAAAGUCUCCAAGGACCCUUGGAGUUCAUGCAGGUUGACAUCGACUACUACACCAAGGCACCAGACCUGCGCUUCCAGAACCCCGAGGAUCCCUACAACGCUGACACUGCGGUCCCAGUGCUCAGGAUCUAUGGCGUCACUGAAGAAGGGCACAGCGUGAUGGCCCACGUCCAUGGAUUUGAGCCAUACUUCUAUGUCGAAUGCCCUGAGGAGCUCCGGACACCCGAUGGGUUGGACGAGUUUCGCAAAGCCCUAGAAGCCUUGUUAGCGGCUUCGGGAUGCCGGGACAAGGCAAAGCCCUUCGUGCGGAAAGUUGAAAUGGUUCAGCGUUCAACGCUGAUGCGCUGGCAAGGCUCCAAUGAGCAUUCAUGCUUCUUGAGAGUCGUCGUUGCUGUGCCCAGCCUUGUGGCCACAUGCCGGCGCAUGCUCGAGGCUGGAUUUUCACUGAAUGGCAAGGGGUACUUUCCUCCCAGCACGUCGUACGAGACCAACAUCCCGUUCGCACUUCGUUUCAUGGUGGAUCGAGAUCUUGCCGGUGGUGGCUGGGUCCUUGCUGAAAAUGCCAUGCUAAGAGCAGGUUUGGACACGGUGAGCCAGUGCCAGAUUGAGGUUGACAUGCUUUACACGGAUCUGAAACCACAGGAGAAGCUUCACAUUGCCCCAUUGCGCAUCCUUUCUUUCGACAUUGAGUGCUACAAUCCGGAGGGGAAGGGCUUCCCCAAAGCAGAUAGCAGUCCGGUGAUCCAGAUCGCGGUGUACUUGAAGGUCCACGGCUGUGAGCGUCCGCUUUCACAUGCAGUGUGGACGCUGCAAUCCUGCAAUGAGAUUGCAGGUGCAACAGUAUACUCGUUCGACACCGAAGAAGAGAUGCUGUUGAGUUUCCGCCACUUUGUGCAGGAAGUUGACCCGGACGUGAUCACGGGAUACAACAUCAUCAACUUCGAUUUGCCGUAUCUAGUGGAUCGAGCAGAGACCAAAGGCAUCAACGGAGAAUUUUGCAAAUUGGGACGUUUGCGCAAUGACAAGUGCCGCAAGCGAAUCAACAACUUCAGUGGCCGUGAGACUAUUGAGAUCAACAUUGAUGGGCGAAUCAACUUUGAUAUGCUGGCAGUGAUUCAAAAGGAGCAAAAACUGAGCUCUUACUCCCUGAAUGCUGUCUCAGCCGAGUUUUUGGGUGAGCAGAAGGAGGAUGUGCAUCACAGUAUGAUUGGAGAUCUCUACCUUGGCAGUGGAGAAAGCCGCCGUCGUUUAGCGAUUUACUGCUUGAAGGAUGCGUACCUCCCAAUGCGGCUCAUGGAGAAAUUGUUGUGUAUGUACAAUUACGUGGAGAUGGCACGGGUGACCGGAACUCCGAUCAAUUUCUUGCUGAAUCGUGGGCAGAUGAUCAAGGUACAGUCGCAGCUUCUUCGGAAAGCCAGGCAGUGGAGCUUCGUGAUGCCUACCCUGAAGACUGAAGGUUCGAGUGACAAGUUUGAGGGUGCCACUGUGCUGGAUCCACUGACAGGAUACUACCCACAGCCCAUUGCUACUUUGGACUUUGCCUCUCUGUAUCCUUCUAUCAUGAUGGCCCACAACCUUUGCUAUUGCACUCUGCUGAAACCGGAGCAGGUCAGAGAUUUGCCGGAAGAAGCGUACACGAAGACUCCCAGUGGCUGCUACUUUUUGAAGAGCUCCAAGCGACGUGGUUUGCUGCCAAUGAUCUUGGAAGAGCUGCUGGCCGCCAGAAAGAGAGCCAAGAAGGCGAUGGCGGAGGCUGAUGAUCCCUUGACAAAGUCGGUUCUCAACGGGAGACAGCUAGCCCUGAAAAUCUCUGCCAACUCUGUGUACGGUUUCACAGGUGCGACUGUUGGGGUUCUUCCGUGCCUGGAUAUCUCCUCCAGCGUUACGGCUUUUGGACGCACCAUGAUCGACCACACCAAGCAAAUGGUCGAGGAAAAGUACUGUAUUCAAAACGGCUAUGCGCAUGAUGCCCAAGUCAUUUACGGUGACACCGACUCUGUAAUGGUGAAGUUUGGAGUUGAUGACGUUGCAGAGGCUAUGCGUUUGGGUCAGGAGGCAGCCGACAUGGUGAGCGAGACCUUCAUCAAACCAAUCAAGCUGGAAUUUGAGAAGGUGUACUGUCCGUAUUUGCUGAUGAACAAGAAGCGCUAUGCCGGUUUGUACUGGACCAAGCCAGAGCAGUACGACAAAUUGGACGCCAAGGGCAUUGAAACGGUCCGACGUGACAACUGUGGUUUGGUCCGUCAGCUGGUGGAUAUUUCAUUGAAGACAAUUCUCAUUGAGAAAUCCGUUCCGAAAGCCAUUGAGUUUGUGCAGAAAGCAGUCUCAGAUCUUCUGCAGAACAAGAUCGACCUGUCCCUGCUGGUAAUUACCAAGUCACUUGGAAAGGGUGCACAUGCGGAGGACUACGCAGCAAAGCAGGCCCAUGUGGAGCUAGCAGAGCGCAUGAGGAAGCGAGACCCAACUACUGCUCCAGGUAGUGGUGAUCGCGUGCCUUAUGUCAUCGUGAGUGGCUCCAAGGGUGCCAAGGCGUAUGAACGCAGUGAGGAUCCGCUGUAUGCACUGGAGAAUAACAAAUCCAUCGAUGCACAGUACUACAUCGAGCACCAGCUUACACUGCCGCUUCUUCGAAUCUUUGGCCCAAUCAUGGGUGAUGAGAAGAAAGCGCAAAGUUUGCUGUUUUCUGGUCAGCAUACCCGCAAGCUGCACACCCCUACUCCACAAGGUGGGGCUCUUGCCAAGUUCGUGACAAAGAGUUUGCGGUGUAUGGGGUGCAAGGCGAUCAUCAAAGCGGGUCUGCUCUGUGAGCAUUGCGAGAAGGAAAAGGCUGCUGAUGUAGUGAUUGAGCAGAUGGAGAACUUCCGUCAGAAGGAGGAAGAGUACAGCCGCCUGUGGACACAAUGCCAGCGAUGCCAAGGAAGUUUGCUGGAGCCAGUCAUUUGCUCCAACCGUGCUGUGCUGCAGCCGUAUUUUUACUCAAACUGGAGUAAGAAAAGCGCUUUCAUCCUCCAUUCAUUUUCAUUGAAUUUGAUCAUCAUGCCGAGUCGUUGCUUCGUUCCUUUUCUCUGGAUUCAGCUGAUGUGCUGUAGAUUUGCCACUGGUGAUGUGCAGACAUCCCUUGCCGCGGACGACGAAUGCGACUCAGAGAAUUGUGCAGUGAAUGCCUUGCAGCUCCAGAAAGUGCAAGCUACCUCUGAAGCACUGGCAGAGGAUUUGGCCAACAGUUCAGAGACCUGGGGUUCUUGCGCCCGAUAUGGCUGUGAAGCCUCCUACAGCCGAUACCGAACAUGUCAAUGCAACUCAAAGUGCCAAGGCUACAGGAACUGUUGCUCGGACUAUUAUGCCAGAUGCCACAGGGCACCAGCACCAGCCAGAUCUGGGGCUUCAUGCGCGGCAUUCUCAUUUUGUGCAGGCUUACAUGGAGAUUGCUGCCCCACAGCCAGCGGGAUGUAUUUGGGCUGCUGCCCAGAGCACCUGAUACCACACGCAACUGCCCCACCGGCAACCAGCGAAUAUGGCCGGCAGGUGAUGACGUUGUAUCACCAAACCAGCCCCGAUGCGUGCCACAGCAUUAUCAGAACGGGCUUCCGGCCGGGGCACGAUGGGUGGUGUGGGGGUGGCAUCUACUUUGCGUUGUCACCGCAGGCAACCAAAACCAAAGCCAUCACCCCACACUCUGGCAUUGGCUGCAUGCUGGAAGUGAAGGUUGAUGUCGGUCGUGUGAAGAAGUUUCCAUGCUGCAGAUACUGCGGCGGACGUCAGGAUGAGCACAUCCCAUGGACAAAUCAAAAGCUAAAAGCUUCUGGCCAUGACUCCAUUGAGAUCAAUCCUGGAGAUGGUCCAGAGAUUGUGAUCUACGACAAGAACCAAGUCCUUAGCAUCAAAGAGAUUCGCUUCGACCCUGCAUGGACCCCGCACAGGAAGGACAGGAAGGACUCGUCUUCAGGCAGUGAGAGGGGAUUUGGGCUUACGCAGUUUGAUCACAGGGGAGUGAUCGAACGCUUCAUCUUAUGUACAGCCUACUAUUAUGCUGUCGACCAUGGCAAUUUGCUUGAAUUGACUGGUCUUCCAAAUGGCAAUGGGUUGAUUUGUGGUGUGAGUGAGCCAGUGGCCGCUAAACCUUUCCUCUACCUGUGCCCUGCCUCUGUUCCAACGUUAGCAGAUUUGGUCUGCGUGGCACAGUGCCCCCUGAGCAUCGAGGGCGGUUUGGCUGCUGAAGCGUGUGAGAACAGUGAUCAGCCAGAUUACCCAAGCAUUGCGGUGGCCGACAAAGUCUGCUUCCCUACGGACUCUGCCAGACUUGCAAAUUUGAACCGCCUGGCGUUCAGAUUUGGCUUGGACAGCUUCCUUGCAGCGAUGGUGGAGGUUCAAAAAGCGUGGCCAGUGUUUAUCUUGUCCGGCCUUUUGGUGGUCGUAAUUAGUUUUAUGUAUUUGAAGCUUUUCAGCCAAGAUCCCUCUACUGUUUUUUGGACAUCAACUGGCUUCUUUACUAUUGUGUUGGGCUUUAUUGGAGCAGUCUCUGUGAUUGAUGCUGUGGAUUUGGAGACAAACUUGGGAGACGCCUGGAACCUUCUGACCAAUGUUGAGUUCCUGAUUGGUGUCGCUGCACUUGUGGUUGUCAUUGGGUUUCACAUCGCUGUUUACUUUGAUCGAAAGAAUCUCAAGAAUGCCUUCCAAGCUGUCAAGGCAUGUGGAGAAUGCACAAGAGAUGUGCCUGCCAUUCUGACCGAACCAGCUUUGGCAGCUGCAAGGAAGGUGCUGCUCCUCACAAACUUUGCGGUUGGUCUCAUGUUCUUCGCAUCUGGAUUUGAUCGUGUUGCUGAAGGGGGCAGCUACGAGAUUCACUACGAGGCAAAAGAGUUGUGGAUUGCUGCUGGUUUCGUCCUUUGCUUCCUGUGGGUGUAUGAGUUUAGCAACGCCAUAUCAUGCUUCGUGUAUGCGUAUGUGUCAGCGACCUGGUUCUAUGCACCUAUGGCAUCAGCUGAGGAGAAGGAUUUUGAGGGGGCAACUUUGCUCACAGAUGCCUACUGGGCCAUUGCGCAGUACCACCUUGGCUCGCUGGCGCUCGGAUCGGUUGUGAUUAUGAUCAUGCGCCCCGUCAGGGCAGUCUUGGACCUCACCACCAGACCAAUCCGCAAAGCAGAGGAUGAGGAUGCAAAUAUUUGCACACGAUGUGCCUCUGCAUUCCCAAUGUACGGGAAGAUGUGCAACAACGUGAUCGAUUUUUAUCAGAGACGCAUUCGAAUGCUGAGACGCAGUGCAUAUAUGGACAUCGCCAUGUCUGGGCAUAAUUUCUGGGAAGCUGCUUACGAAGCUGAUGGCUACUUGGCUGGCAAGAACGUCAACGUCUCUGAGUUUGACGGCGCGGCCCUUCUUGUGGCCACUUCCAGCAGCUUCUCGAUUUCUGCCGUGGGAGCUGCGCUCACCCGACUGCUUUGUGCAGUUUGGCCGGACUACAGCUCCACGAGCAGCCCAAACUUGAUCAUGUUGCCAACCUUCGUUACCUUCGUCUCAUUCGCCAUUUGCAUGCUCAUCUCGUGGCCCUUCUGCCUGCUUUCGGAUCACGUCGCUGACUCGAUCUUUUUCUGCUUCUGCCGCGAUGCUAGCUGGUUUGCAGGGAGCUCGGGUCUCCAGGAACGCAAUCGAGGAUGCAAUUUGCAAUCAAUCUUUGGAGGUGCCAAACUGUAUAUCUUCGAACAUGUCGAAGAGUCAUAG